UUGUUUAUAAUCGUGUUGUUGAACUGCUCGAACUUCAAAUCGCACUAAGACCUACCAAGGCAGGAACUAUUGGUCACAGAAGUGCCAUACAACUUUAUGCCUGUCUAUUAAACACGUGGAUUUAUCUGAACGGUGGAUAUGCAAAACUUGUUUUAAAUUGUCAUUAACUAUCUCAAUGAACUAGUAUCGAUAAUCGUGACGCACUAGCUCGUUUAGGUCAGUAUUUUAUAAUACGAAUCAGAAUAAUCAACCGAAUCGCACGACCAUUCAGAGAAUCAGCAGGGUGAGAACGCCUUUGUCCUUAGUGCAACCAUUCCAAUCGAAACUACGUAAGGGACACUGCUGUUAGAAUUUUAAGCCUAACGUAAUUUCAAUAUGACCACAACGCAAGUGAACAAUGCUAUCACGCUUUCCGGUUCUUCUGAGAUGGUCGCAGAAUUCUUUGAAUUCAGCGUAAACAGUAUAUUGUACCAGCGCGGCGUUUACCCUCCCGAAAAAUUCUCUCGUGUGCAGAAAUACGGAAUGACAGUUCUUGUAACUGACGAUCAAGACCUACGAACAUAUCUGGAAGGCAUCACGAAACAGCUCAAAGAACUCCUCCUCAAAAAGCUCCUUGACAAAUUAGUGCUUGUGAUAGCAAAUUCUGAGCUUAAAACGCCUAUCGAACGAUGGGAGUUUAAUAUUCACGCGGAUCCAGACGUUGUCGAUGAUACUGUUAAGAAAGAAAAAAGUACACAGGUCAUUCAGGCUGAGAUCGCAUCGAUCAUUCGUCAGAUUGUUGCUUGCGUCACCUUCUUGCCCCAGCUGGGCGGCUCUCUGGCGUUCGAUCUCCUCGUAUAUACCAAGAAAGAUGCAACGGUCAAUGACACUCUAUGGGCAGAUUCACAACCAAUGUUGAUUGAGGGCGGUCAGACGGUAAAGAUUAAAAGCUUUUCAACCUCAAUCCAUUCAGUUGAUGCUGCUGUUGUGUACCUUUAAGGUUGAAGUGUGUUACAAUCGAUGUAAAACUAAAUGCAGCUUGUUUACCCGUUAGCAUUUUAAGUAUAUAGAAGAAUAAGAUAAUAAGGCCCUGAAAACGGCCACUUAUUCACGAAACGAGAAAUUCGAUUCACAAGCGAAACUUGUGAUAUGCUCAGGAAAUCCUGUAAUGCUGUUGAAUAUGAAAAUCCCUGAGUUACUAAUCUACUGUGAAACAAUAUACUUGCGUCUGUAAGAAAAGGCCGUUUAUCUCGUCAAUCUGUACAUGUAUCCAUGUAAUAAUGUAGAGAUACGAAAAUUCAUUUAUAGUUUAAAUAGAAAAAAUCAAAGCGAAAGAACUUUUAUGUAUUAGCGAUGCGCUUUAUUCAAGCAAUUACCUUCCUGCCCCCAUCCUAAUGGGCUUGCUUGAUGUUCUGGUUGGAUUGCUUUAUGUGUACCAUAUGUUAAUAAAGACGAUAAUAAUAUGAGAAACUAACGAUAAUUUCAUCUCUGCAAAAGUAAAUAAGGCUAUUAAUACGAGUCAAAUGUACUGCAAAAUUAGAUAGAUAUCACAUUGCUAAAUUGCACUUCACCAACAAGGAACCAAAGCCCAACUUUGCUCCAUAUUAGCCUUUGCCCAAGUAGAAUUAGCCGCAAUUCAACUACGGUAUCCAAAGUAAGUACAUGGAUAUGCUACGAAGUAUAAAACUAUAAAAUAUUUGACAGUACUAACAGAAAAAGGACAGGCGAUUUUUUAAAAUAGCCAGGGCAGUUUGCUACGCUGUGUUACCUUCAGCGGCAAGAGUUCUGGCUAAAAGUCUAGAAGACCAGAAGUCAGAGAUGGCUAGUUCGAGUUCUGCACUUGUAUGUCUAUUCCAGUCAGGCUUUAUUCUCAUGGCGUGAUUCUAAAAUAGAAAAAACAAGCUAGUGACCUUAUCUGGUAAUGACGUAUAGAUGACAAAGUUAGGAAAGUGCUACAAGAUUUGUUCAGCGGUAAUAUUAUGCCGUUGUAAUUACGAAAUAAGUAUUCAGACACUAUUCAUACAAACAUAUAUAUAUGUAUAUAUAAGUAAGUAUAAGCAUAAUAUUAGGUAUAAUGCUUUAGUGGGAAGCCUGCUUAGACGGAAGAAGACUUGCCACCAUUCUUCUCGACUUUGGAACAUAACAAUCUCGCAUCGAUGCGAACAUUUCUUGUGUUGAAAAUAAUUUUAAAAAAUUCUGAAAAUAAUAACCAUUAUUUUGGAAAUAAAGUUGUGUCAAUACCUCUUUGAAAAUAAAAGAAAUAAGAAUGAUAUGUAUAAAUUUUAGAUUAUAAUAUUAUUUAUUUGUUAUUUACUACCUAGAUUGACACGUAAUUGACGACACGAAGAACUAAUGUAAAUUUAAGGUCUUUACAGUUCAUUAUUAUUAAUAACUUUAUACCAUCAUCAUCAUCAUCAUCAUCAUCAUCAUCGUCGUCGUCCAUAAUAUUCAUCAAUGUGAGUUUUCUCUCCGUAUCAGAUGUGUGUAAAAUCCGAAUCAGUGUUAUCAAUCUGCUAUUGUGGUUCGUGUGUAGCUGUUGAUGUACAGGUGUGUGUUUGUAAGUUCAGCACUCCUUGGUGGGUUGUGAAGUUAUGGUGUGGCGGAUGCAAGAGAGGCAUUAUUCUGACGUUCUGUCUGUUUUGGCUCAAACCUGAAGGAUUCACAAGUUAUCGCAGUUAAAACACGAAACACUUGUGACGAAGGUUACUCUAGAAAAGGUCAUAUCUGUAUAUAGUUCGACAACGCUAAACGUAAUCUAUUACGUUCACUGUGCCUUCUAUGAGUCCCAGGUAAUGUCCG